CACACUUUUUCUUUCCUUCCUCUCUCGUCUUUCUUUCUGAUUCAUUUCCAGUGCUUCAUACCAUUUCUUUCUUUCCUCUGCCUGAAUUUAUGCUUCCUUUAUUUCGUUUAUUCAUAAUUCAAAUUCAAAAUUAGAACUAGAGUGAAUACUUAGUUAACCCCACUAGCAGGGUAAAAGAAAUUCAAAUUCGUUUAUGCUUGAAUUGCAUUCAAUGUAGGUGUUGUUCUUAUUCAUAAUAUAUUUGUAUCACAUGUUGUUGUUCUUACUUUGGAAUAGAAUGAUCUUCCUUUUGCUGUCAAAAACAGGGCUGAGUGGAUGUGCAAUGUCUUAGGGAUUUGAUUUAUGAUUGCUGCUCCUUCAGGACUCUGUCUAGCUUCCAGUUUGAAAUCCUUAUACUAUCAUGGCUAUGUCUAAUCUUUGUGUUUUUAUAUAAACAUCAAAAUCCAUUGUAUCGCAACCAUUUAUAAUCAUUUUCCAUUUCCCAAAUAUAGUCCACAUUUAAAAAAAACAAAUUUGCCUGUAACCGCUAUACCUUGGGAAAGUCAUUUUCCUUAUUGCUCAUUUUAUCCUUUCACUUGAUGGUAUUGGAAUCAAUUGAAACUCAGCAUCCUUUUGUAUGAUGCAUCACUGAUCAAAAUUUUCUAUUCCAAAAUCUUGAUUACAUGCAGUCUAAGAUUUUGAAUACGAAAGAUGCCGCAGGUUAUCAUUCCCGGGCAGAUUAGCAAGUCCUUUUCCUGUGUUAGACUAGAUAUACAAAAAUCAGUUAAGUGUAGAAUUUCCCAUGUAAUUUUCAGCUUAGUUGCUAGGGACAGGCAUGGCAAACUAUGUCUUGGUCAGACAAAAGUUGAAUCUCUAGUGAAAAUCAGGCACACAUUAUUGUCUAGUAGGAUAAGAGUUGCUGGUGAAUAUCAAGAAGGGUUAUCUGAUGAAGAUGAAGAUCUCUGUCCCGUAGAAUGUGUAAGAGAAUUCACCACUGAUGAAGAGUUCAGCAAAAUUUUGGAGAAGUCUAAAGGAACUGGAUCUUUGGUGGUGGUAGAUUUCUUCCGCACCUCUUGUGGAAGCUGCAAGUAUAUUGAGCAGGGUUUUGCAAAGUUGUGCAAGAAAUCCGGCGAUCAUGAAGCUCCAGUAAUCUUUCUAAAGCAUAAUGUAAUGGAUGAGUAUGACGAGCAGUCCGAGGUUGCUGAUCGACUUAGAAUCAGGGCCGUGCCUCUUUUCCACUUCUACAAAGAUGGGGUGCUGUUGGAAGCAUUUCCAACCAGGGACAAAGAAAGGAUUGUUGCGGCCAUUCUCAAGUACUCAUCUCUUGAAGCUGAAGAUAUCUUAGUUUAACUCCGAAUGGGAUGGUUCAUUGUACCCUCUGGGACGGUUGAACACAGUAGGAAAACUAGUAAAUUUUUUGAGUUUAGAUUCUUUAUUAGAUUUUUUAGUAUUAUUUUAUGUUGUGCAUCAAAGAUACAUUAUAUUUGAUACAAUUUGAAGGCACAGCAAAAUAAUAGUACAGAAAAAUCUAGCCAGAAUCCAAAUUCAAAAUUUUUUUUAAGUCACGAUGUUUAUUAAAGAGUAUGCUGCAUACUCACCAAAACAUUUCGGUUCUUUCCUGUAUGUCGGAAUUCACUUUGUUAGGACAGGAUAUGGAUUCCAAAAAUCUAGGGAAGAGUUUACUGUCCACUAUGAUAUACAUCCUUUCCUUUCGUAGAGGUUAUAAAUAAAAUUUUACUUGUUUA